UCUUUGCAGCUUCGUUGAGAAACAAAGUAAGAGGGGAACUGCAUCCAUAGGCUUAAUGUCGCAAUUUGGAUGUGGGAUCUCGUCUGACUUGGAAUUCGUGCCUCUUAACUUACCCCACAUUUUCCCUUUACGAACUUUUACCAUUGUAAACACCUUUUUUUUUUCUUCUUCUUGUUUUGCAUUUGGGACCCUUCUGUUGAAUUGACGUGUACCCAGUGACCCAAGUUUGAAUUUUUUUGACAUUUGAUAUAUAAAGUCGUUUGCUCCCUGCAAUCAUGCUACAACCACAAGGGGUCUAAACAAAACUUUAUCCUUUCUCUUUCUCUUUUUUUCUUUGGGGGGAGGGGGUGAAUGAAAAUUUCUGGUUACUGUGCUUUUUUCUGGUUUUAGGAUAUGCAUUACUUUUGAGGGAAUUUGGAUCUGGAAGAGCUUUUAGUGCAUGAAGAUUCUUUUCUCUCUCUCACUCUCUCUUCAAUUCAUAUAAUUACUUGGGGACCAACUUCCUUGAAUCGGGCACUGGUAGCUUAGCUCGUGUAAAUGUGUCUCUGGCGCUGGAAAUUCAUGAGUAAAAUUAAUUUGUGAGAUCGAGAGCUUUGAGUUGCGAAGAUGGUGGCUAAUUAAUUGACUUUGAGGUCAACUUGCAAGGUCAUGAGGUGGAGCUGCCGUGAGCUACAUGUAGCAGCAAGAUGAUUGAGCAAUUCAUCAAUUUCGUUAUUCGGCCUCCCAGGGCAGAGUAUAACCCUGAUCAGUACCUGUGGGAAAAGGAAUUCACCCUUGCAGGUCGAACAUACCAAAGGCAGGAUUUGGAGCUCAAGAACACCAGAGGCUAUACCUUAAAAUGUAGUCAUUAUCUUCCUUCUCCUUUUCCUGAAGAUACUUCUCUUCCUUGUGUUAUAUAUUGCCAUGGAAACAGUGGAUGUAGGGCAGAUGCCAAUGAAGCUGCUGUAAUUCUUCUUCCUUCAAAUAUUACUGUUUUUACCCUUGACUUCUCGGGGUCAGGCUUAUCUGAUGGAGACUAUGUUAGUCUUGGUUGGCAUGAAAAAGAUGAUCUCAAGAUGGUGGUGUCAUAUUUGAGGAGCAACAAACAAAUAUCUUGUAUAGGUCUUUGGGGACGAUCAAUGGGUGCUGUUACUAGUCUUCUUUAUGGAGCUGAAGACCCUUCUAUUGCUGGAAUGGUGUUGGAUAGUGCCUUUUCGAACUUAUAUGAUCUCAUGAUGGAGCUUGUGGAUGUUUAUAAAAUUCGGCUUCCUAAAUUCACUGUUAAAAUGGCUGUACAGUACAUGCGGAGGGUUAUUGAGAAGAAGGCAAAGUUUGAUAUUAUGAAUCUGAACUGUUUGCAGGUUGCACCGAAGACAUUCAUUCCUGUUUUAUUUGGACAUGCAAGCGAUGACAAAUUCAUUCAGCCUCACCAUUCUGAUCUCAUCUCUGAAGCCUAUGCAGGUGACAAAAAUGUCAUAAAAUUUGACGGUGAUCACAACUCGUCUCGACCACAAUUCUUUUAUGAUUCAGUUUCCAUUUUCUUCUACAAUGUCCUUCACCCUCCUAAUGUUCCUAGAGCUCAUAAGCUUGAGAAAUAUUAUGAUUUGGGGGAUCUAAAACUUGGUUCUGGUGUGGACGAGAGCCUAUUAUAUGAGAUUCUCUCUAGUCUGAGGUCUGCAUCAACCGAAGCUGCAAGUUCAUCUUCUGUGCUUCCAACAAUUUCCAGCACAAAAUCAGUUAGUGAACUUCUUUCAGAAGUUGCACCGGUGACUGAUGUAGAGUCCUUUUUUGGAGAAGAUACUAAUGGCAAUGAUGGGCAUACAGAUGUGCAGGAUAAGCAGCUAAAUGGCGAGGGUGAAGAUUGUUGCUCAUAUACGAGCUCAAACAGAGAAAGUUGGGGCAGAUGUUCUUCUUUAGGAGGCAGUGAUGAAGAUUUAAGGGCUGAUGAUACCCUCACUCAGGUGUUUGCAACACCUAUGCGAAGCACGAAAGAGAAAGAAAAAGAAAAAGAUGACAAAAAGCACAAGAAGAAGAAGAAGAAGAAGAAGCCAAAGAGCGAGAGGUUUGAGAAGCUGGAGGCUCUAAGCAGACGCCUGAGGCUUUGCCUUCUAAAGGGAUCAACCCAUCGAAGGCACAAGUCCACUUAGACACUUGUAUCAUAUCAUCUAAUUCUAAUGUUAUGUUUUUAUUUUACAACACUAUUUCUAGAUAGUUCUUCAAAUUCAACUUUCUUUUUAGAUUUUUCCUAACAUUAAUUAGUUUCUCUUUGGCUUUGAUUUCUCUGCUCUGGUUAUUAUUUAUUAUUUGAUGUUUA